CCCGUCGCUGCUCCCCACUUGCUUCUCGAGCUCGGCAACUGCCGAUCUCUAAGGAACUCUCCCAAGGCUUCCUUCUCCCUUCUCUCUCUCUCUCUCUCUCUCUCUUCCGCGUUUUGCUCUGCUCUCACAUGGCGACUAACUUGCUUGUCUCUCUUACCUCAUUUUUUUAUGCAUGAUAAUGCUCGACAUUAGCGCUUCCUUUUCUCUCUCUCUCUCUCUGCCCUUCAUUGGUGAUUGCAGUUGGAUGAGUGAAUGAUUGCAUUUGAUGCUUCUCAUCGUGAGCUAGCUCUUCCGGCGCGCCCUUCUUUCACGCAAAGUCCUGCUUCCGUCUCUGCUACGUUCGCGCUUCUUUCACGGCUAGAUCUCCACACGAAUAUCUAGCUUGGUUGGGUUUCUUGCUGAGAUCGAGGACAAAAUCUUUAGGUUCUUUGUACCUUGUUUAACUGGCACACUGGUGAUGACAGAUGAACCUUGAUUAUUCUUUGUAUAUUUUCGUGGUUUUGGUGGAAGAUUUGGGGUUCUGAAGAGAAGAAUGCAAAGAAGUUGAGAUUUUUAUCGUACUGUGUAGGGGAUUUCUGAAUCUAGGGCAAGAAAUGAGUUCGAAUCGAGUGUUGUUGUCUGUUUUGGCCCUCUGGUCGGCGAUUUGCUACGUCGGAGGCGGCGCCGGCAGCCUGGUGGAGGACAAGCAAGCGUUGCUUGAUUUCCUCGCCUCCACCGUGCACACCCGCAGCCUCGAUUGGAGCCCGAUCACCGACGUCUGCAGCCGCUGGUACGGCGUUACCUGCAGCGCCGACGGUUCCCGCGUCAUCACCGUCCGCCUCCCCGGGAUCGGAUUCAGCGGCCCGAUCCCGCCCAACACCCUCAGCCGCCUCUCUGCCCUCCAGAUCCUGAGCAUCCGGUCCAACAGCCUCACCGGCCCAUUCCCGGCUGACUUCGCCAACCUUACCGCACUCACCGGCCUCCACCUCCAGCUCAACAGCUUCUCCGGCCCUCUGCCGUCGGAUUUCUCGCCUUGGAAGAAUCUCACCGCCCUCGAUGUCUCCUUCAACGACUUCAACGGGAGCAUCCCAACUACCAUCUCCAAUUUGACUCAGCUCACCGCUCUGAACCUCUCUAACAACUCGUUCUCGGGGCAAAUUCCAGAUCUCGAGCUCCCAAACCUCCUAUUCCUCAACCUCUCCAAUAACCAUCUUGAGGGCACAAUUCCCAAAUCCCUCCAAAGGUUUCCAAAUUCAUCAUUUUCCGGCAACGAUUUGUCACCCAUAUACCCCUUAACUCCAUCAUCACUGCCAUCCCCACUGCCGCCUUCUCCUCCCCAAGUUCCCAGCUCAAUGACUGCGAGGAAGCUGAGCGAAUCAGCAAUUCUUGGAAUUAUAGUCGGUGGAUGUGCUUUGCUGUUCGCGAUGCUUGCGCUGUUCCUCUAUCAUUGCUACUCAAAGAGGAAAGAUGAGAGUUUAAUAUCCGGGAAGGGGUCAAAGGGGGACCGGUCACCGGAGAAGGCUGUCACCAGGAAUCAGGACGCAAACAACCGACUUAUGUUCUUCGAGGGCUGCACAUUUGCGUUCGAUUUAGAGGAUCUGCUGAGGGCUUCUGCUGAGGUUCUGGGGAAAGGUACAUUUGGGACAACGUACAAAGCAGUGCUGGAGGAUGCGACUACGGUGGCGGUGAAGCGGCUGAAGGAAGCUAGUGUUGUGAAGAAAGAGUUUGAGCAGCAGAUGGAGGUGGCAGGGAGGAUAAAGCAUGAGAAUGUAGCGGAGCUGAGGGCGUAUUACUACUCCAAAGAUGAGAAGCUGAUGGUGUAUGACUAUUUCAACCAGGGCAGUGUUUCUUCCUUGUUACAUGCAAAGAGAGGGCAGGACAGGACCCCUCUGGACUGGGAAGCCAGGCUUAAGAUUGCACUCGGAGCUGCAAGAGGAAUUGCACACAUUCACAUGGAAAACAAUGGGAAGCUUGUCCAUGGCAACAUCAAAUCCUCCAACGUUUUCCUCAACAACCAGCAAUAUGGUUGUGUCUCCGACCUUGGCUUGCCAUCCAUCAUCAAUCCAAUGGCUCCGCUUGUGCCGCGCACUGUGGGUUACCGUGCACCGGAGGUGACUGAUACAAAGAAAGCAUCACAAGCCUCUGAUGUCUACAGCUUUGGAGUUGUUAUGCUCGAAUUGCUCACAGGGAAAUCCCCCGUUCCGAUAGUGGGUAGUGGUGAUGAGGUAAUUCACUUGGUUCGAUGGGUUCAGUCUGUCGUCCGCGAAGAGUGGACUGCAGAGGUGUUUGAUGUUGAGCUGAUGAGGUAUCCUAAUAUCGAGGAGGAGAUGGUGGAGAUGCUUCAGAUCGCCAUGAACUGCGUGGCAAGGGUGCCCGAACGGAGGCCUAAGAUGGCACAAGUGGUGAGAAUGAUCGAGGGAGUGAGAAGGUUCGAUAGCGGGAAUCGGCCAUCAACAGAAGCCAGAUCAGAGGGAUCAACACCGACACCAGUUCAGGGUACAGAAGCCAGAUCAGAGGGAUCAACACCAACACCAGUUCAGGGUACAGAAGCCCCAUCAACUCCCCAAUGAGACAUUGGUUUCUCUAUGCGGAGCUUAUUGUGACACUGCUUCGUAGUGUGAUUCAUUAUUGUAUCACCAUUCUCUUCAGAGUCUUCAGCUCUGUCGGCAAUGUUUCACCUUUUCUAGGAUAAAGGAUGUUUCACCUUUUCUAGGAUCAAACCCAGUGCAGAAAAUGUAUUCUGUAGGUCAGGAUUCCCUGUGACCUGAGUAAGGCAAUUGAGUAGCUUGAUAUGUACUGUUUCUUUAGCUAUUCACUUGAGCAGCUGCUGCUUCUGAACUGCUGAGAAAUCUGAAGUAUUAUUGAUGUUA